AUGGAACGUCAAAUUAGCGACAUCGCUGGUGAAGAUACAACGGAGAAGAAGAGUAUGGCGUCUCUGGGACUCAUGUAUGAGAAAGAUAAAGAUGAACAGAGUCGUAAAAUCGAUUCCUUCAUCGCUUCUCCGUUCAAGAAAUCGAUGGACUCUUUACUGGAACGAGCUCAAUCCACCUCACAAAGCCACGUGGAACUAGCGAAUUUGAAAGCGGAUCUGAGAGAAGCAGAGGAUAAUCUUGUUAAAGUUUUGGCAGCAAAGACCCGUAAAGAGGCAAGGCAAAUGGGGAUAAGGGAUUCCAUUUCUGCAACACAAUCUCGAGUCGAAGUGCUUAGAAGAACUCUGCAGUUACAGAAGUCAAAGAGGGAAGAGUAUGCCAAAAUUGUCUCCCAACAAUUGCAAGCAUUAUCAGACAAUGCUGGUAAAGUCACUGAAAAACCAGAUAUCAAUGAAGCCAUCUCUUGGUAUAAUCAGGCUCUCGGUUUUCACGUUGAAGCUGGACAUGGAGUAAAAUUCACAUUCACCAACAUUGAUGCAAAAAGGCCUACACGCGAGUUUUCGUUCACAGUUCACUAUGGAAAUGACACUUACACACUAUUAGAUUGCAACCCGCAAAUGGAUGAUGCCGAAGAGAUGGUUCAAGAGUUGAAUAAAACCAAUGACCUUUUCAGAUUUGUUCGUCUCAUGAGGGAUAAGUUUCUGAAAGCCACCUUAUCUGAGUUGCCUACACAUUCAGAAAAUCUUCAACAGGAAACUUCCAUCAUAUCUGCUUCAGCUCCAGCUUUAUCAUUUACCACUGAUACAAACAUGUCAACUCCAGAGAACAAGGUAUCUAAUGUGCAAGUGAAUCGACGACACAAAAGAUCUAGUGAUUCACCACUCGUAUCUCCUGUACCCACGUCUUCUGUUCGCCGCUCUUCUCGCCUUAAGUUUACCAUUAGCCUUGUCCGAGUAGAAAGCAAUUCUUGUUCGGAAUCUGAUUCAUAA